AUGGAGUUUUUGGCUCGUUUUUCCGUCUUGUCUUUCGAAAGUUUAAUCCAGACCGUGUUUCUUGGUUGGAUCGUUUUGUUAUCUGCAUUUGCAGGAAAUGUGAAUUGCUUGAAUGUCUCAUCUUUGGCCGGGAAUUUCUCCGGUGUGUCGGCAAUGGCGGUGGAAACCGUUUUCCAGUUUCCUUCUGCGUUGCCAAAAUGGCCGCCGGGGAAGGGCUUCGGCGCCGGAGAGAUUGAUCUCGGAGGGUUAAUAGUGGCGGAAGUUUCGAACUUUACGAAAAUCUGGGCGGCCCAAGAAGGCGGACCUGACGGUUCCGGCGCCGCCAUUUUCGAGCCGACCGCCGUGCCGGACGGGUUUCACGUGCUCGGAUAUUAUGGGCAACCCAAUAAUGUGCCGCUUUUUGGGUGGGUUUUGGUCGGAAAAGAUGUCACUAAUGAUAGCGCCGCCGCCGCCGCCUACGGCGGCGGCGGCGGCGGAGCUCUAGCUUCACCGGUUGAUUACACCCUUGUUUGGAGCAGCGAAAAUACCGGGAUUGAACAAGACAGCGCCGCCUAUAUCUGGCUGCCGGUUCCGGCCGACGGCUACAACGCCGUCGGCCACGUCGUCACCACCUCGCCGGAGAAGCCGCCCCUGGAAAAAAUCCGCUGCGUUCGCGUGGAUUUCACGGACGUUUCAGAAAACGACGAUUGGAUUUGGGGAUCAAACGGUCUAAAUAUCUACUCAUCCCGGCCGAAAGACAGAGGAAUCAAAUUUUCCGGCGUAAACGCCGGCACAUUCAUAGCACAAGUAUCCGACAACGGAACAUCGUCGUCAGUGGCAUGUUUGAAGAAUCUCAACCCGAAAAACACAUCGGCAAUGCCGAAUCUAAGCCAAAUCGACGCGCUGAUCCAAACCUACUCGCCCUGGAUUUACUUUCACCCCGACGACGAAUUCUUGCCGUCGUCCGUCGAUUGGUUUUUCGAAAACGGAGCGUUACUGUACACCAAAGGCCAAGAAUCCUCCCCGGUGGCCGUCCAACCUGGCGGCGAAAAUCUCCCGCAGGGCGGCGACAACGACGGCGCGUACUGGCUGGACCUUCCACUCUCCGACCCCGACAGAGUCAAACAAGGAAAUCUCCAAAACAGCACAUUUUACAUCCACGUCAAGCCAAUGUUCGGCGCCACGUUCACCGAUCUAGCGGUGUGGGUUUUCUACCCCUUCAACGGCCCCGCGAGGGCGAAAGUCUCAUUCUUAACGCUACAACUGGGGAAGAUCGGAGAACACGUCGGAGAUUGGGAGCACGUGACAUUAAGGAUCAGCAACUUCAACGGGGAGUUAAAACGGGUAUAUUUCUCGGAGCACAGUAAAGGGACAUGGCUGAGCGCCGCCGCGGUAGAGCUCCAGGACGGCAACAAGCCGGUGGUUUACUCGUCGCUGCACAGCCACGCGUCGUAUCCGAAGCCUGGGCUGGUGUUACUGGGCGGCGAGGAUAUAGGGAUAAGGGAUGACACGGAGAGAGGUGACGUGUACAUCGACACGGCGGCGAGUUUUUCGGUGGUGUCGGCGGAGUAUUUGGGGCCGGCGAUUGUGGAGCCGCCGUGGCUGAACUUUGCUAGAGAAUGGGGUCCCAAAAUUGAGUAUGAUUUUGAGAAGGAGUUGGAGAAGGUGGAGAGGUUUUUGCCGGGAAAAUUGAAAGAGGAUUUGGAGAAUAUCAUUAAGAAUAUUCCUAGUGAGGUUUUGGGUGAAGAAGGGCCCACUGGUCCUAAGGGGAAAGAUAAUUGGAGUGGUGAUGAAGAUUAUUAG